AUGCCAGAGAAGGUCGGAAUUGCCAACUUGCCCAACCAAAGGCACAAGAUCGUGUCGAAACAAGGUGCUACCUUCACACUUAUGGUGUGUGGAGAAAGCGGACUUGGUAAGACGACAUUUAUCAAUACGCUAUUCGAAACAGGGUUGAAGCCUUAUGCCGAUCCCAGCGAAAGACACAACAAAUUCACUACUCUGCACCAAACAGUGGACAUUGAUAUUGUACGUGCUGAAUUGGAAGAGAAGAACUUUAAGAUCCGGUUAAACGUCAUCGACACUCCAGGGUUCGGUAAUAACGUCGACAACAACGACAGUUGGAACCCCAUCAUUGACUUUCUUGAUGACCAACAUGAAUCUUAUAUGCGUCAAGAACAACAACCUUCAAGACAUUCCAAGGUAAAGGAUUUACGUGUUCAUGCAUGUCUUUAUUUCAUUCGUCCUACCGGCCAUUCGCUUAAACCUUUAGACAUUGAUAUCAUGAAGAAACUCUCUACUCGGGUCAACUUGAUUCCAGUGAUUGCCAAGCUGGACACCUUAGCACCCAAUGAAUUGGAUACGUUUAAGUCACGUAUUAGAGAUGUUAUAGAGGCUCAAGAUAUUAAUAUCUAUACACCUCCAUUGGACAUCGAUGAUACUGCUUCUGCUGAACAUGCCAAACAAUUGAUUGAAGCCAUGCCCUUUGCUGUCAUUGGACUGGAACAAGUUUAUGAAACUGAGCCUGAAAAGUUUGUUAAGGGAAGAAAAUAUCCUUGGGGUUUAGUAGAAGUUGAAAAUGAUGCUCAUUGUGAUUUCAAAAAGUUACGGAGUUUAUUAUUACGUACCAACAUGUUGGAUUUGAUUUUAUCUACCAAUGAAAUACACUACGAGACUUUCCGUUCUGUCAAGUUGGGCUCAGAUGCCACCACCAAUGGUUCUGACAAUAGCCAAACUACCAAUAAGGAUGAGCCUUCAUCUCAUGACUUGAUGAAAAAGUUACAAAAGAAGCCAAGAAGACUUCAUAAUCCAAAGUUCAAAGAAGAAGAAGAUGCCUUGAAGAAAUAUUUCACUGAACAAGUGAAAGCCGAAGAACAAAGAUUUAGACAGUGGGAAGCCAAUAUUGUUAAUGAACGGAACAAGUUGAAUCAAGAUUUGGAAGAGAUGCAAGCCAAAUUGAAGGCUUUAGAAGACCUGGUAAAGAAGUUACAAUUGUCCAAGAGAUAA